CAGCUUACUUCUGGAUAAAUUCAGCCUUAGAAGCCAGCAAGUGGUCCCAAAUUACUAUCUGUAUCCUUACAAAUGUCUUGACUCCCAUCUCCGAAAGAUUUGGCUGCAAUUUUUGAGCAAAUAACGGCUGCGAAGGAGACUACGCCAGAAGUGACGGUGAUUAAUUUAUUUGCAAUUUUGGGAGUAUUUCUUGUCGGUUAAAGCAAAUGAAGCGAAUUCUUUGGCUGUUUCGUGGCAGCGAGUUCAGUGGUGGGAGAAUAUUAAAUAUUUGCAAGCUAAGCGAAGAAGGUGUCAGAAUGUGCAAGAAUUACAUCUUUUGUAGGGAAAGACGGAGUUCUUGAAUUAUGUGACUCGUGUAACUACUUUGCUAGCCUUUUACUCAUGGAAAAAAACCAAUUAAAUUCGAUCAUGAUUUUUAAGAAAGCAAGCUGUUGUUAUUAGUGUUAUUAUCGUAUUGUUCUGGCCUACAUAUCCCGAAUGAAGUUCCAAAUUAAGACCAUUACGUCAUCGGAGAUUUCAGAACGGGUUCGACUGAUGGUGCAAUAAGAGGCUUAAACAGUACGUGUGUAGCGGUUGAUAUCAGUUGUUGUGUCACACAUUGAUCAAGUGAUUUUGUGUUUAUAGCCAUCAGUUAAUCAAGAAGGACUGCUAGUAGACAAGAAACGUGAAGGUAGAUGUUCGGGUGAUUGUUUUGGAAGCGCUUGGUUUUGUAGUAUUGCUGCUUUUAGCAUGCUUUUUGCCGUGAAUGUUUGAUUGCAAGAUAUUUAAACAGGUCAUGCAAAUCUUAAAGGUUGGACAAUAGGAAAAACGCUUGUUCGCGGAGGCAAAUUGUGGCGCGGCGAAAACUCUAAAUUGUUAAAUAGUUCUUGUGUAGUCUUUGUUUUCAGUUGUUGUGCUACAUAUUGAGGAAACGAUUUUGUUUGUUCCGUAAUCAGUGAAUCAACAAAGACCGCUUGGAGACAAGAAACAUGAAGGUUCCAAGAUUCCGUAAUCAGUGAAUCAACAAGGACCGCUUGCAGACAAGAAACGUGAAGGAUCCAAGAUUCCGUAGCUGAUCUACGAGUUUAUGGGUGAAGAGUCACCCUGUUCGUCCUAACAUAAAAAACGACUGAAGUUGAAACAAAGAAAAACAAAAUCAAACAAAGCUUAACAAAAGAGACUGAAGUUGUGACGAUAGUGAAAUACAGCACACAGUAUUGAAGUGAAUACUGCAUCAGAGGGUGCUCAGUGAGGACGUGAAGUUGUCAAACGCAGAUAGUAUAAUGGAGAUAAUAAAAGAAACUUCUUGUCGAUCUCGGUUUGCAUUUUUUAUUAGUAAUGUCGACAGCCGAAGGAACGGUAAAGGACGACGCUGUACAGAACCGAGUAGACUGCCUUUGAAACAGAUGAAACGGUUUUUGAAAAAGAGAAAACUAAGGAAAAGAAUUCGAAAUUAUGUAUUAAAAAAUGUUCCCAAGUCGUCAAAAGUUUAUCAAGUUGUCCGAGCUCCCUUUCCUCGGAAAACAGUUGUCUUUGCUAAUGGCAAACGUAUAACAGAUGCCAAUGAGUUUAAGAUGACUGAGAGAUACCCCUUGAGAAAUAGUUGUAAAAUUUUGUCCUUACGAAGUAAAAUGGCUCACGAGAGCUUAAAUCACAAAAAAAACAACAUUGCCAGUAAGCUCUCUGGGGAUAUAGAGACAAAUCCUGGUCCGUUUGUUGUAGAUCCUUCCAAAACCAUUCAUGCUCCAUAUAGUCAAGGAAAUAGUUUAGUUUUCGGUUUAAAUGCGGGAAAACAAUGUGUUGCAAUGAGCUCGAUAGCAAUAUUAUUCGACUUCAUCUAUUCAAUAGGAUCAUCCUCAGAUCUUAAAGAAAUAAUGAAUGUUGGUAAUGAGUUAUACACACGGCUAUCACAGUCGGCAGGAGAGGAUUUAUUAAUGUUGACGGAAUUACCUGAAGUAUUGUGUCUGAGAGAUACUAUGUAUAGAUUAAUAUACAGUGACAGCUACUUUGGAAAUGUGCACAAUUUUAAUGACUGUACAAUAGAAGCUCAUUGUCUACCCUUGAUUGAAGCGUUUCAAUUAUUGCUUAGAGAAAAUUUUAUAUCGUUUAUUCUCACAGUAACGACUUGUACGGUAGCCAUUCUUGUAAAAAGCAAUGGCACGUUUAAAGUUUUUGACUCACAUAGCCGUGAUUCCGAAGGAAUGUUUGAUCCCUGUGGAACCUGCGUGCUAGUAGAGAUAGCUUCUCUUGACGAACUAGUAGAGUAUUUUGAAAACUUAUUCGUUGGAAUUGGAGAUGCAGUUUAUGAAUUGAAAGGGGUUCAGAUAUCAACAGAUGUGACUGCAAGUUCUUCGUUUUAUUCCCUUGUGAAGGGUAAGGCUUUCCUCUCCACAGCCAUGAAACUGGAGGACUAA